AUGAAGUACCGUUCCUUCUUUGGACUGGAUACCCCGGCGCUGCGAGAGCUGCCUGGCGCGAGCAAGGGCACUUAUGUUGGUUUCGAGGCGGAUGUGGAGAAGCGGGAUGCAGUAGUGGAAGCAUUCCGACAUGCAUGGCUAGCCUAUGAGAGGGACGCAAUGGGUGACGAUGAAUAUCAUCCCAUAAGCCACAUGGGGUCCAACCUCACAGCCGCUGGAGGGAUCGGAUACACGGUCGUCGACUCGAUUGAUACUAUGCUGCUAAUGGGCCUCACGGAGGAGUAUGAGCGAGCAAGGGACUGGGUGGCUACGAAUAUGACGUUCGACCGGGAUGCGAACUUCAAUACCUUUGAGACGACUAUCCGUGUCCUUGGCGGCCUCCUCGCGGCACAUCAUCUCUCCAACGAGGAACCCAUCUUCCUCGAAAAAGCAAAAGAGCUUGCAGACCGCAUCCUUCCGGUCUUUGAAACCGAGUCCGGGCUCCCACUCUCCAUGGUCAAUCUCGGUAAACGAGAGGGCGUGCCAGACAGGGAUAAUAACGGACUGGUUAGCACGGCGGAGGCCGCGACCCUGCAGUUGGAGUUUAGGUAUUUGAGCUUCUUGACGGACGAGGACGUGUAUUGGAAGAAGGCUGAGAGGGUCAUGGCCGUAAUCAAAGCGGCGAGGAUGGCGCCUGGGCUAGCGAGCAUCUUCAUGAACCCAAAAGAUGGAAAGUUUGUCACUUCCGCGAUUAGACUGGGGUCUCGUGGCGACUCAUUCUACGAAUACUUGCUCAAGCAAUACGUCCAGACUGACUUGACUGAGGACGUUUACAAGGAUAUGUAUGAUUACACGAUGGAUGCCAUUCAUUCCCACCUUGUCCAAAAGAGCAUGGAGUCUGGCCUGACCUACACCUCCGAACUCGUCCCCGAGCGCGACCAAAACAACCAAAUGUCAUGGCGCCUUAUGCCCAAACAAGACUUCCUCGUCUGUUUCUUCGGCGGCUCGCUCAUGCUCGGCGCCACACGUACAGGCUCCCUCGUUCAUCCGGUAUCUAGACCACCUUUACCUGAAGAGCUGAGCGAAACGGGACAGAGAGACUGGAGGACGGGCGCGGAGUUGAUCAAGACAUGUAUGGCCACUCAUGAUACCAAGACGGGCCUAGCACCUGAGAUUGCACAUUUCAGAAUUCCGACCGACGGUUUGGAAAGGACCAUGCCUUAUGCGCCGAAGGACUGGUAUAUUAAGGGUGCACGACCAGGUGCUCCUGCACCAUAUGACGCUCGAUACAUCCUCCGCCCCGAAACCGUAGAAUCUCUCUUCAUCGCCUUCCGUCUCACGGGCGACCAACGCUACCGUGACUACGGCUGGAACAUCUUCAGCGCUAUACAAACACAUUGUAGGAUUGAGAGUGGAGGGUUCGCAAGUAUCAUCAAUGUCGAUGACGUGCCGGCUGAGCAUGAGGAUAAGAUGGAGACGUUCUUGAUGAGCGAGACGUUGAAGUACUUGUUCUUGUUGUUCUCGGAUGGGGAUGUCGUUCCAUUGGACAAAUACGUGUUCAACACCGAGGCUCAUCCGCUACCGAUCUUCACGCCUACGAUCCGGACGGGGUUCUCAUGA